AUGGCUCUCACUACCAUCAACCUCCCCUCCUUGGACAAGGUGGCCUCGGGCAAGGUACGCGACCUCUUCGCCCUCGACGACCCCAAUGCGCUGCUCUUCGUUGCCUCGGACCGCCUGUCCGCCUUCGACGUGGUCAUGAAGAACGGCAUUCCCAACAAGGGUGCCAUCCUGACCCUCGCCUCCGCCCACUGGUUCCGCGUGCUCUCAGAGCGCAUCCCCGGCCUAAGGACGCACUUUGUCAGCCUCGACGUGCCCGCCAGCCUGUCUGCCAACGAGGCCAAGGCGAUCAAGAACCGCAGCAUGCAGGUUCGUAAGCUACGGGUGCUCAAGAUCGAGGCCAUUGUGCGCGGCUACCUGACCGGCAGCGCUUGGAAGGAGUACCAGGCCAAGGGGACGGUCCACGGACUGGCCAUGCCGCCGGGGAUGCAGCUAUCACAAAAGUUUCCAGAGCCCAUCUACACGCCAAGUACGAAGGCCGAUCUCGGCGAGCAUGACGAGAACAUACACCCAGAUGAUGCCUGGAAGGAGCUGGGCGACAAGGAGACGGCCCGCCAGGUUCAGGAGUUGUCUCUCAAAAUCUACCAAACCGCGGCCGCCUACGCCGAGGAGCGAGGCAUCAUCAUCGCCGACACAAAGUUUGAGUUCGCCAAGGACGACGAGGGCAACAUCUAUCUCGUAGAUGAGGUGCUGACACCGGACUCGUCGCGAUUCUGGCCCAAAGACGCGUACGAGCUGGGCAAGGACCAGGAUAGUUUUGACAAGCAGUUUGUGCGCAACUGGCUCAUCAAGGAGGGCCUCAGGGGCAAGGAGGGCGUCGAGAUUCCGCGAGACAUUUGCAAGGCCACAGAACAACGAUACAAGGAUGUGUUUUUGAAGCUCACGGGAAAGACAUUUGAGAACGUGGCCGGCAGUUGA